AUGCCAAAAUUAGGAGAAGUAUUGGCUUAAAUUGGAUCCAUUGUUAAUAUUAUUAUGCUAUUGAAAAUACUCUCCAAUAUGAUUAAUACAGCUAUGUUUUAGAGGACGAUAUUGCAUCAAAUAAUUGAAAUUUCUUAUCCAUAAUUUAAGGUAGUCUAUAUUACCAAGAAUUUUUUAGGUUAGGUUAAAUAAAUGCAUUGUAACGAUGUUGAAAUCAAAUUGGCUAAUUUUUAGCAUAAAUACAAAUAACUAUUAGAAAUUGCAAGUAAGAAAUUCGCUUUCAAUAAUCUUAUUAAAGAAAUAUCCUGUGUUUAAUUGAUUUUAAUAAUUAGAUAGAAAUUUAUAAUAUUAAAAAUAUAUUUAAGAUACAAGAGGAUCUGAAAUUCUUUGAGAGUGAAUUAUCUAAUUCUAAUCAUCAGAUAUAGAAUUUAGUUUCCAUAUUACCUGGAGACUUACCAAAACAAUAAGAAUUUGAAAGGUUUGAAUUGUUUAAUUCAGAAUUUCCAUUAUGA